AUACCUGCUGUAUGAUGUAAACCCUCCCGAGGGCUUCAACCUGCGCAGAGAUGUCUAUGUCCGCAUUGCUUCCCUCCUGAAGACCUUGCUGAAAAGUGAGAACUGGGUGUUAGUUUUGCCUCCCUGGGGACGUCUUUAUCACUGGCAGAGCCCCAACAUCCUUCAGGUCCGGCUCCCUUGGUCCGAGUUCUUUGAUAUCCCAAACCUCAACAGGAACAUCCCUGUCAUUGAAUACGAGCAGUUCCUUGCAGAGUCAGGUGGACCCUUUAUUGAACAGAUCUAUGUGCUACAAGGAUAUGCAGAAGGAUGGAAAGAAGGAACAUGGGAAGAAAAAAUAGAUGAAAGGCCAUGCAUUGAUCAGCUUAUGUACUCCAAAGACAAACACGGGUACUACAGAGGAUGGUUCUGGGGUUACGAGGAAACACGGGGCCUGAAUGUGUCUUGCUUGUCUGUCCAAGGAUCUGCCUCUAUUGUGGCUCCCAUCCUUUUGAAGAACACUUCAGCACAGUGA